GCUUGAAAAUGAACAUGUGACUUAUAAAGUACCCGGAUGUAAAAGGAAGACCAAUAUGGCCGAUGCUGGGUUCUUCCGUGGCACCAGUGCAGAACAAGAUAAUCGUUUUUGUAAUAAACAGAAGAAACUCUUAAAGCAGAUGAGAUUCGCCGAAGUCCUGGAAAAGAAGGUUUCCAUGAGCAAAGUGAACUUGGACACCAUCAAACCAUGGAUAACCCAAAAAAUCACGGACAUUCUCAGCUUUGAGGAUGACGUCAUCACAGAAUUUAUCUUCAAUCAGCUGGAGGUUGAGAACCCUGAUGCAAAGACUAUGCAGAUCAACCUGACUGGGUUCCUGAAUGGGAAAAAUGCUCGUGAAUUUAUGGGACAGCUCUGGGAGCUUUUAGUUAGUGCCCAGGAGAAUAUUGCAGGUAUACCUGCAAUCUUCCUGGAGAAAAAGAAGGAAGAAAUUAAACAAAGACAGCUGGAACAAGAAAGAAUAAAGGAAGGGUUGAAGAAAUUACAAGACAGGGAAGAUAUGGAAGAUUCCAAAUCGGAUAAAGAAGUCAACGGUCAAGAAAAGAGUCAGUCAAAAUCCAAGUCCGGUUCUCCCAACAGGUCAUCUGGUUCAGAUUCUGACAGUGAUUCCAGUGCACCAAAACGUGUGAUCAAAAAAGGGUCUGAAUCACCACCACCUGUUGGUGUGGUUAAAUCGGAAGAUAAAUCAAUGAAAGCUGAAUCUAACGACAAGGACAAAAGACGACUGUCUUCCAAUGACAAGUCCAGAAGGCGGCGACAUUCAAGGUCAUAUUCUCGAAGCAGAUCCAGAGACAGGGAUAGGGAAAGAGAUCGGGAUAAAUCAAGAGGACACAGGAAAAGAAGAUCAAGGUCACGAUCAUAUUCCCCACGUAGAAGACGGCGGUCACCAUCUCCCAGAAGGCGUUAUAGGAGCAGGUCACGCUCUCUAAGGAGAAGAUCACCACCGCCGCCGCCACCACCACCACGAAGAAGACAAAGACGUUCACCAAGUCCACGCAGAAGGAGAAAAUACUCGUACUCAUCUUCUGAUAGUUCAAGAUCACGCUCAAGGUCACCGAAGAGGAGAGCCAAAUCAGUUUCGCCAAGGCGAAAAAGUUCUAAAGGUUCAGGAAGUCCCGAAAAAAAAGCUAAAGAUGUGAAAGCUCCAUCCUCGUCACCUCCGCCUGCACAUUAUAAACAAAAAUUGAAUGAUCCUAAGAAGAAAGAUGGUGAUGGAAAGGACAGCUCUUCUUCGUCUUCCUCAGAUGAAGAUGAAAAGAAACAACCUCAUUUAGUCAAAAGUACGAAGAAGUCUCCCCCGAAAACAAGCAGGUACCCCCAACGACAUUACAGGAAACACUCAGAGACAUCAAGUUCAGGUUCAGAUGAUGAAACCACGAAGACUAAAUCAAGAAAACGACGAGAUUCGUCAUCAGAUAGCAGGUCUCCGUCACCCAUGCCGAGAAAGAAAAGAAGAAGCUUCACUCCAGAAAGAUACAGGCCUCGUAGAUACUCUCGUUCUCCAUCCCCAAGACGAAGGCGAUACUCAUCACCAAGGCGAUAUUCUCCACCUCCAAGACCACCACCACCUAGACAUUAUGAUUCGUAUUAUAGGUAUCAACCACGGAGACGCUUUUCACCCAGAUCCCCAUCUCCAGACAGAAGGCGGCGUAGAAGUCCAAGUCCAAGGAGGCGUAGCCCUGUGAUAGAUAGGCGUAGAGGUAGUCCGGCAGGCGGUAGGUUCCGAAGCCGUACACCAGAAAAGCGACAACGUAGCCGUUCUCUGGAUAGAUUUCACAACAAAAAGAAACCUAAAACUCGUACUGAAAAAGCCCGUAGCCCUUCUUAUAGCAGCAGCUCUUCAGAAAGUCAGAGUCCUUCACCUGUGAAAAAGAAAGUUGUAAAAAAUGAAAAGGACAGUCGUUCUCCAGACAGGAAAAAAUCUCACACUGAGAAAAAUCGUAACCCCCCUUCUCCCAGGCGGAGAAGCAACUCUAGUCCCUCGCCUGUUAAAAAACAUAGAAGUCAAAGUCCUCGGAGAAAACAUCAGAGUGUCAGCCCGGAUAGAAAGCAAAGAUACAGCUCAUCACCGUCGCCUGAGAAAAAUCUGCCUGUUUCUACUUCACGAAAAGAACGUCCAAAAUCUUCGCCAGAGAGGCAAGUUCGGUCAGUCACACCAGAGCGUAAAAAGCACAGAGCAGCCACACCCACACCGGAAAAAAUUAAAAAGGAAGUGGAAGACAAAGAAGCCCACAGAAGUAGUAAAAUAUCGAGGUCCAGGUCAAGUUCUGAGAGUCCUCCACCUGUAAAAGUGAAAAAAGAAAAAAUUAGAUCGAAGAGUGCAUCCCCUGAGUGCUCUGAAGUGGAGAAUAAGAAAAAGGACAAGAAAAAGCAUAAAAAGCACAAGAAACACAAGAAGCAUAAGAAACACAAGAAGAAGAAAGAACAGGAUGAAGAGGUAAUUGACAGUGAAGAUGGGGAUGCUAACUUGGAUGAACUGGAGAAGGCUUUAAGAGAGAAGGCACUGCAAUCAAUGAACAAAGCGCAGAGUUCCACCAAAUGAAGAAUUUUUUAUAUCGUUGUAUAUUGCUCCAGGACAUCUCCCAAAUUGGACGACUGAUACUUGUUAAUACUGUAAAGGGGGUAAUUAUUCACUGGGUUUUAAUUUAGCUUAUUUCGCUGACUGGAAAAAUGCGCUAAAUUAAAACCCAGUGAAUAUGUAAAAUUUAGCAUAGAACACAUUAUCUAAAUGACGAAACCGUGAAUUUAAAACCCACUGAAUAUGCCUGAAAUGGUAAAUCAGUGAAAUUUAAACCCAGUGAAAAUUAGUCAUUUUACAGUAUUGCAACUCUUCUCAAAUAUCAAUUCCAGAUGCUUGAAACUUUGGUGGUGGUUGAUCACUGAAAGUUUUAUAUUUUUAAAAAAAGUAAAUGUUAAUACUGGUGUGUAUCCAUGCUCCAAGGCAAGUAGAAAUUGAUUGGAAUAUAUGAGCACUAAUCGUAAUGUAUAAUACCUUCAGAGCAGAGAAUAUUUCCUGGUUCACUUUUAUAUUCUUCUGUCUUUCAGUUUCACAAUGUGCAUGUCUGUUAUUUCUGUAUGCUGUGAGUUGGCUGCUGUUUUUCUUUAUUUUUCACUUGCGUGACAGUAAGAGUACAAUCUGUUUCAUAUUCAGAGUGGAAGGGAGGGGGCGGGAUAAAUGACAAGACAUUUGUGUUAUUGUUCUUUUACUCAGUGUGUCACAUUGACAUUUUUCUAUUGCUGGUAUUCACUGAUCUAUUUAGUGUUCAACAGGAAUUCUUUACACUGAUGUUUAAAUUUGAAAAAAAAAAAAGUUUUUGUUACCACAGAUAUUAAAUUGUGUGAAUAUUUUUUGAAUAACUGCUGCCCAGCCUCUCUGUAUAUUAUUAUAUUAUAAGCAGAAUACAUUUUUGUUUUCUAUAAAGCAGGUGUAAAUAACCAGCAAGUCACUUCUGGUGUUUAGAAAUAUCUUUAUAAAAACUAUUUUACUCGAUUUCUGUUCUGUCAAAAUGUUUACUUGUUAAAUUCAUGACUAUUGACUGGAAUUGCUCCAUCAGUUUAGAAAUUGAGACGAUUACCCAUUCAUAUGAAACUACUGACUGAAUAUUAUAUUCCUCUUAUAGUGGGGACAGUGCACUCAAAUGUUUAUUAUGCUUGAAUUUUUGUCAACACUUAUAAAUUGUUGCUUGUAUUUUCUUACAUUUUUGUGAGACAGUUUUAUCUUGUGAGAGUAAAAAAAACCUGGGACAAAAAAAAAUGAAAUCGAGAAGCAAAGUUUAACAUUAUGUGUCUGGUGAGAACACUGAACGACUGUAGGGACCACUUGUCAUACAAAGCUCCUGUUUCUGAUUGUUGUACGAUCUAACAGUCGAACUCUUGCAAUGUGUGCACACCAAUGUGGCUGCGUUGUUUUCUGCUUUAACUUUUCACAGUAGAAUCAUAGGAAAUUAGAAAGUGAGACGAACUAUAUCCUCUCGUAUCAAAUUUCAACCAUUACAAAUGGCUAAGGGCUGAUGUACUCUCAGCAGUAGUACCAAAAAUGUUUAUUUGUAUGUGAAACUUUGAAGAUGCCUCAAAAUGGCUUCCACAAUCUUCACUAAAUGUGUGAACCUAGAAAUUUGUGCAUUAACAAGCAAGGGGAAUACAUUUUAGGUUGGUGUAAUUUAAUACAUGAUAAACUGAACCACUGACAUUACUUACAAUGUUUCAAUUAACCACUAAUGUUGAAUGAUGCAGUUAUGACGACGCUGUCCCAUAGAAAAAGAUGGUAGAAGCCACAUCCCUAAUAGAAGUCGCACCCAUUCUUUUUGAACAAUUGAAAACCAAAAAAUCAUUUCUCGUAUGUGUAGAUGUUCUAUUAAAAAAAAAAAAGCAGCGUCCCCUCUGUUGCAUUGUACCAUUUCAAUAAAAGUCGCAGCUUCUAAUAUAGAUUUUACAGUAUUAGCCGAUUUUGAUGCUGUUAAAGUAAGCUUUUGAAUCAACAUAAAAAUAGAUUUAUGGGGUAGAAACUUGAGAGCUUAACUAGUAAGUAAACGUGUGGUGAAUUAUCCUAUGGUUUAAACUUGCAUUGUGCAUAUCACUUAGGAUUAUAACUUGCUGGCUGUGGUGAAAUUAUUUUAUUUGAGGGGAGGCAUUCUCUUUAAAAGCUGAACUAUGAACCGUGUGCAUCUUGCAUUUUAUUUUAUUUGAGGGGGGGCAUUCUCUUAAAAAGCUGAACUAUGAACCGUGUGCAAGAUAUUGAUGAGUUUUUUAUAGUUGACAAAAUGCAUGCAGUGGGUUGAGUUUAAAUAGAAUAAGUUAAGCGAAAAAAAACGUGUUUAUAAAAAAAAAUUCCGGAGUUUGUGCAUGCCUGUACAAGUUUCGGGACUACUGCUAAAUUUAGUCAUUGGUUUUUGCAAAAUAAACAUACUGAAAAAUGAAAUUUGAUCUUUCCAGGAGAAGCAAGGAUUGCAUAUUACUUGCUGAAUCUGUAUGUAGUCCUACAAUGUUGAUGAUCUGUUAUUUGCUGCCGUUUUUUUUUUUUUUUGCUGUAGACUAGCCUUUUUUUCAGUAAACUAAGUAAUGUAUAACCAGGAAAGUCUCUCUCAAGUCAUUUUUCAGUUGAUUUGUCGACUUGUAAAUUAUUACUUUUUUGUGACCAAUUUAGAUGCUUUUUUGUUGCCAUUGCUCAAAAAAAAAAUUGUGUUAAUCAAAUAUGUGGAAAUAAAACUGGAGGUCAGUGUGAGACUCUGUAAUUUUUUGAAAU